AUGGGUUGGGUGUACAAUGCCUCGCCUGAGGUCGAGGCAGCAUCGCAGUACCCGGUGAUUCUGGGCGUCUGCGUGAGUCUAACGGUCUUGAUGAUUAUUACGGUCUGCCUGCGGUUGUACGUGCGGGUACAAGCCAGUCGACUGGGUCCAGCGGACUAUGUGAUGGUCGCUAGCAUGGUAGGCGAAUUCCGAAUGCGACACAAUGGCAAUAUACGAUGCAUGAUGCAGGGAUGUCUAACAGUUUCUUCGAUCCAGAUCUUUAGUAUUAUCUACAGUGCCUUGUGCAUUGCUCAAAGUCGAUAUGGACUCGGAUUACCGCUUCUACUGCGGCCAAAGCCUGAUCUCGCUACGUAUACCAAACUCAAUUAUGCAGGUCGCCCAUUCUACCAGCUCGGUAUCGCCGGAUUCAAAGCCUCUCUUUGCCUCAGCUACCUGCGCCUCAUCUCGGGUACUUCGAUGAACCUUUACCGGAUACUUAUUUGGAUAGUUAUCGGGCUAUGCACGGCUGGGCACUUAGCAGGCGCUCUGGUCCUAAUUUUCAAUUGCUCGCCGGUUAAACGAGCAUGGGACUUCAAAGUGGUCGGCCAGUGUCUUCCUGUUGGUCCUACAUUCUACGGUCUCGCCAUCUUCACCAUCAUCUGCGAUGUUGUGAUCAUAUUUCUCCCAAUUCCACUGCUCCUCCGCCUAAGCAUCAAGCCCGCCCAAAAAGCUGGUGUCGUGUGCCUGUUCCUGCUCGGCCUAUUUACGACAAUCUGCUCCAUCCUCCGGCUUACCCAGAUCCACCGAGUAGCCUUUGGAGACGGAAACUCUACAAUGCUGGUUCUCUGGGGAACUAUUGAAUUCAAUAUCGGAAAUAUUGUGACUUGUGUUCCCUAUCUGGCUCCGUUACUUCGAGGCUUUGUGCGGGACUUCCGAUCAACCAGUGGUCGGAAGUAUUACGAUACCCAAGGCCGAAGCUACGCGAUGGAGACGUGGUCCAAGGAUCAGCGCUCGCAUCUUCAGUCAAACGCGUCCGGGCCGCCUGUGCCGCGGCGGUCACCCAGCGAGGAACUCAUUCUGUCCAGCCGCGAGCCAUCCCACGGUGGAAUUGAGAUGACGGUGGAGUAUUCCGUGUCGUUAGAAAACGAGUCGGAGAAGACUCCGAGGUGA